AGCUGAAGUUUGCAUCCAAACCUCCUGUUGGAGGCGCGUCACCGUUUCGCGCGACCCUGAACUGUAGUGAAGCUCGUGCACGAGUGUUCCUCGGCUAGCUUGCUGCAAGCUGAAAAACUUUGACGGUUUUUUUAAACAAAUGUUUACAGUUUGUCAUGAUUAUUUUGUUUUAUCUGUGGACUGACUUAAGAUUUGGAAUGAUAACAGUCACCCACAUCAACCACAGAGGAUUUUAGCUGGGCUAACGUUUACCAUCAGUGAGACACCCUGUAACCACUCACAUUAUGAAAUCAAACCACUGAAGUCAUUUGCAGGCUGUCUUGGCAAAUGUCACACAGGCCUAAAUGGCCUCCAUGGAGAGAAAACAUGAUGUCUGCAGCCCAUUCGUUCCACGGCGCAGUUCUGUGAGAAAGACGAGUGCUGAAAUUGUCAGUGAAGCCAGACAGUCCCUGCGAGUGCCGUCCACCCAGCGACCGUUCACUCCCAGAGAUGGACACAGGCAACUCUUUGGAAAUAGCUCUGUCCGUGCAGACCGUGACAACAGGCCUCCAUCCACCUUCAGUCUUCAUGCUCAAAAUUUUGACGCUCCUGACUCCAGGCCAGGUUCAGGGACUCGCCUCUCUCCUCUGGAUCAUAAGCCGAAGUUUCCAGUCCCCCACGAGGCUGGGGACCCAUGCAAGGCCUUUCCCAAACCCCCCACUGACCCACUGGAAGUAAAGAGGGGGUUGGCAGUGGCACGGGCACGCCUCCUCAGGACUGGAUCUCUCACCACGUUGCCUCCUGUAGAGGGACACACAGAUGUGAAAGAGAGAUUGAAUCCAUCCCCAGGACAAAAGCAGCUGUCAGCUAAACGACUCCCCGGUAGAGACCACACUGAGGGUCGCAGUGGUCCUCACAAACCUGGGCCACGCAGAACAGCAAGUGAAAGGUACGUUUUCUAUCCCUCUGUUUGUAGACUAAUGCAGCCUGGUGAUGACUCAGGAGUCAGACCCACAGAAAACAGAGCAGGACAGAGAACAGAGCCUUGGAAUGGAAACAACGCCACAAGCCCAGAGGAGGAUGCAGAGUCACUGGUGUGGAAUAAUAUGAUUGCUCCUCUACUUCAACAACUAGAGAGUGUGGCUGCAGGCAGCUCUGAGGGCUCUGUGGACCGCCUGUGUGAUUUGUGCGACGCUCUCUAUGGUACCUUGGCAGAAGCAAACAUGCUCGGUCGAUGCUGUAAGAGGAGGUCGGGGAUACUUCGAACACUGUUCCGCCUCAUCGACCUCAACUCUGCCCAGCUCAACCUACACAUUGCCAAGCUGUGCCUUGCUCUGUGUGUCAGUGGAAAAAACCUGCUCAACAUCUGUAAGCUCAUCUUCCAGAUCAGCCGCAGUGAAAGCAACGACAUCCUCUUCCAGAACAACUCCAUCAUAGACUCGUUUUUGGGGAUUUUGAGCAACGAGGAUGUGUCCGCAUCUGGAGAAGCUCUGCUGUAUUGUGUUGGGACUCUGAAGUUCCUCUCAGGAAACAGUGCAAUCCUCAGACUCCUUUUGGACAAGAACUGCAUUGGUGUAGCUCAAAAACUCAUCCAGAGGCUCUGCACAACCGAUGACACCAACUUCACUAUAGCGGGCCACAUUCUUGUACAGCUGACAGCGACCCUGAGGAACCUCGCAGAUCACCCUGAUUCCCGUCCACUCUUCAUCUCCUUCUCUAUACUACCAGAGCUCUGUGUGGUGCUGCGUCAUCACCACAAAGACCAGGACAUCUGCACCAACAUUUCCAGAAUAUACAGUAAACUCUCCUCUUACUCGGAGUGCCGCCUCGCUCUGGCCCAGACCCCCGACUGCUACCAGCUAUUUUUAGAACUGCUGAGCAAACAUCAUCAAAAACAGGACCUCGUCGUGCGCCUUCUUUUCACCCUCGGGAACCUCACAGCCAAAAGCGACGAGGCCCGGCAGCAGCUCUUUCAGUGCGAGGGCUGCAUGGGCACACUGCUGCAGCUGUACGACAGCUACCAGCGCAGAGACGACUCACCGCACACACCUACGCGGAAAGGUCCCCCUCCCCCCAACAGGCCUCCUGCACCUCCAGUGUGUGUGCAGGAGCAUGACGAUGUGCUGGUGAAGCUGGUCAGGGUGCUCGCAAACAUGUGCAUCCACCCGGUCGUAGGUCCAGCUCUGGCAACCAACACAGCCUGCAUUCAGCUGCUGAUGGAGACACUCGAGCUGAGGUCUGUGCAGGAAAGCGAGGAGCUAUUGGUGAAUGUGGCUGCCACCAUCAACAACAUGUCUUUCUACCAGGAGGACAGCUCUGUCCUCAGGCUCAGUCGACUCACCAUCGCAAAGUUGAUGUUGAAGUUGGUGCUCAGCUCCAGUAUGGACGCCAUGCUUGAGGCCACCCGUGUAUAUGGAAAUUUGUCACAGUCCAAGGAUGUACGGAACUUUAUUAUGCAAAACAAAGUACACCAGUUUGUAGUGACGCUGCUUGACUCGAAAAGCACUGAGAUGUGUUUUUCAGCCUGCGGGGUCCUCACCAACCUGGCUCUGGACCCUCCAAACAGGGUCAGUCUCUCACUAGAGGGGGCCGCUGUCAAGCUUGUGGACUGUCUGAAAGACUUGGGACCAGGUGAUUGGCAGCUGGCGGGCCAGGUUUGUCAGGCGCUGUGGAACAUGAUCGGCAGCGGCGGUGGCGGCGGCUCAGAGAAGCUGAUGGACACGCAGGAGAAGGAGUCACUGCUGGAGAUUCUCAUUACAUACCUAGAUGAAGAAGAGGCUCUGAAGUGCAUAGAAAAUGAAGAUUUGAGGGACUACCACAGGGCAUGCUGGGAGUUGGAGUUCCAACCUGUCGCUCAAAAACUGAUGAAGACGCUUCAACCUUCAGACCGGGCAGCCUCACAACACACCAAGACGUGGAGUUAAGAACUUCAUGUCAGAGACACCUUAGCAUUUUUUUAAACUUUAGCCUACAUUAUAAUAUAAAUAAUAUAUUGUAAACACUCCAGUGGGUUUUUAAUGUAGCUGUAAAUGUUUGUAGUUUGAGAAAGCAGGUGAGGUCAACUUUGUCAAAACACCUUUUAUAAACAUCUCAGACCGUUAUUAAAGCAUAAAUCACUCCUCCACUGUCAUCCAUGUGCUCAAGUGCGUCAUAAUUUUGCUAAAUUAUGGCCAAAUACUCAAAAAUUAUUUCUUCUAGUUGACUAUAGAUGCUGUUUUUCAGGAGGCAUAACUACAAACUUUUAACCUCCAGUUUUAAGGCUAACAUUUGUCAGCGUUUCAUAUUCAAAACAACAGAUUUUAGAUGGCUAAUUAAAGGUAAUUAUGAAACUAUAAGAAGCAGACAGAAUCUGUGUUACGUAGCAGAAACAUACUCAUGUGGAUUUUUUUUCUCAAUUCUGUUUUCUAAAUAUUUGCAUUUUCAUUUUCUCGGCCUUAUCAACAUCACAUUUUUUAUUUUUUAAGUUUGUAGCACUCUUUUUUUUCACUUUUUAUGCACUUUAAUUCCCAUGAAGCUUGUAUAGGCUUUAACGUCUGGGUAUCUUCACAUAUACAGGGAUAAUUUAAUACAAGCUCUUUGCACAUUUAUAUAACAGACUUGAACUGUUUUGUAAAUCCACUGUGUUGUAAAAGUUUGUUUAUGAUGAAGUCUUGAGAACAGAUGGCUAACCUGGAAUUUACCUCAUAAGGAAAUAUUUUAUUGUCUGUUGAUUGUGUGACAUUGGAACUUGUACAUAAUAAAGCUGAAGCGAGUGGAAAACAUUUUUGCUUCUCAAAGCCUUUAUUGUUACACAGAUAUGGGUCCAGGCAGUGCUUACAAGUUACACCAAGUAGCCUAAAGUACAGCAUUUCAAAAAUCACAUCGUUAUUACACCGAAACAAAUCAGAAACGGCACUUAAUGUAAAAACCCUCUGUGUCAGCUCCCCCAAGUUUUCACACAACAGUGACCUUAAACAACCACAAGACAAGCUGAUGUUUCAAAAACCUCUAAACAACUCAUUAGCCAGAGCGAGUAAUAAACAUUGUUCUCUACAUAGAAUUCAUCAGGUUGAUAUGAAAGACAAGUUGGCUGGCUGAUAUCAAAUGUUUCCGAUUCCAUGUAGCCACCGAGCUGUGAAGGCAGUUUGGUCAGUGGGGAUAACACUGAGUUUCUCCUGGUGUGAUUGUGAAUUGACAGACAGGCCUCUGUGGCCUCGAUGGGAAAGACCCUGAAGUUCAGACCAGCCACACCGGGGAAAGUGAAGGAUUUUUCCCAGCGGCGUGGAGGCAAACAGGAGAGAGAGAAAGAGAGAGUGUCCUACAAGGACCCCCCGUCCUUCUCUUAUCACGAUCCAAAUGUGGGUCAGGAGCAAAGAGAAACUUUGACCUGGACCACACCACAGGAACAGGGUCCAUUAUCUGGCUCCCUGUGAGUCAUUCAGUUCUCAAGCUUGAACAGUAAAAUUAAAUUCACAUGAAAGUCCCUGGACUGUACUGAUGACCAACUGAACUAUUCCCCUGAGCUCAGCUUACUGUUGAUGAAGUCAGCCUUUAUUAUCAAACAGCUGAGUGUACUUUGGACCAUGAGGCGAUGUCUUUUCAUGAGUCAUCUUUUGCAUAAAAGCAUUCAAAUAUGCUUACAUAAUUACCGUGGGUUAUUUGACUUCCUACACUUGUGCGACUGCAGCGGGUGGAAGUGAGCUGAUGGCAAUACUGAUUGUGCUAUGACUUGUUUGAUUCCUGAAUAGUGUAGGCCUCCUCCGCAUCGAAUACAAACGCUUUGAUGAAGCAGUGAAAUCAAAUCUUUUUAGGAGAGAACUACGAAUGAUACACAACAAUUCAAUAUCAUAGUUUAUUUUUUUCAGAUUUUUUUCAUAUAUUUUCGUAUAAAAAAAAAAAAAAAAGGUGUCAGUAACUGACAUCAGUCAGAAGUUUGAAAAAACAAAACAAAAAACCUCCACUUCCUCUCAAACCACUUCCAAAUGUACCAUUCUUUUAUCAUCAUCAGCCUCCUCUUCCUCAUCGAGAUAUCACUCAUUCAUCUGUCUGAUUCUCUCAAUCCACCCUCAGAAGAAUGCAGUACUUAAAACUGGUUUUAGUAAACAAAAAACAAAAAGAGCAGAGGCUUUACACCUCUGUGCAAAAUUAAAAAAAAGAAAAAAAAGCUGCUUUUGCACUGGUUAGACUUCCCCAGCAGGGAAAUAAGCACAGCUACAACCUUUUGCGUUCAACAACUGUCAACCGCAGUCGGCCCUGUGUGGGCGAACCGGGUCCCCGAGCAAAAAAAGGGAACGCGGCAGCCCGGAAAGAGUCUCUGCUCAUCAAAGAGCACUUCUUAUAUGUUUUCUAGAGAAAAACAGAAGAGGUAUUCAUUUACUGGUAAAAUUCACAAUCCAAAAGCUUUGAAAGUGUUAGGGUGACCAGGCAACUGGGAUAAGCGGAAGACAGAUAAGGUGUGGUUAGGGCAACCGGAAGCAAAUCCCUCCUGGAAAACCUGGUUUCUAACUUUCUUUUUGAUUAGCUUUUUUUUUUUUUUUUUUUAUAUAUCUUUUUGUUUUCCCAUUACCAGAACAAUAAAAGACAUCAUCAUCAUCAUCAAGAACAACAAAUGAUAAACAGUUAUCUCACAAAAACAGAGCUACAUCAGAAGCAAGAAGUCUUUCCUUCAAAGUGCCUUGCUUUUUUUUUUUCUUUUCUUUUUUGACACAUGAAAUUCAAAGACAAUUUUUUUUUUUAUCCAUCAUUUCUGUGAAACACACACACACACACACACGCAGGCGCAUAACAUCCACACCUCAGUCAUCAUGAAUACAAGAACUCAUCCACUCGUGUACAGUCAAAAAAAAAAAAAAAAGGGCUCAGACAGUGUUCUUUGAGUUUCUCUCCACGCCUCUCUACUUUUCACACACUCCUUGGAUUAGCUUACAUUGACAUUUGAGAUUUGGGGUUUGGGGGCAGGACAAAAAGGGGAGAGAAAGGGAGGGGGUAAUGCAGUGGAUUUUUAAUGGAUAGGGGCUUAAAGGGAUAUAAUGAGGGGGUGGGUUGGGUGAUUUGGGGAUCAAUAUGAUCCCGCUGAAUACGACAUGGGAGCAGCAGCAUCAGCACGUAUGCACACUGUGCUGGAUAGUUCAGGCACACGUAAAAAAAAAA